AUGCGACGCCCUUUUCGCGUCGUGCCAUGGGCACUCGGGAGCUCUUUGCAUCUUGACUUCUCCGUCCACCUUUACCAGCUUCCCCCCAGUACUAUCCCUUUCCGCAACUUCCCAUGCUGGCCCGUCCCAGAACUCGACAGACCUGCCUAUCAACCAGCCAAAGCCAUCUCUUUUGAAGUGAUACGGUCUCCUGCGCUGGGUUCCACUGGACCUUGCAACGUCGCGAACGCGAAAACCCAGCGCAUAGACAUCUUCAAGUCCCGCAUCAAUGACGUCGUGUUCGACAAGGGCUCGAUGGCGACCAGCGGGACGCACUGCUCGAUCGAGUGGGAUGGAGACCACUGCGCGCGCCGGGCCUCGGUCAAAGUCACCGACUUUCAGAUGAACAGGACGUUCGCAAGUAUCCCGAUUUCGCUGCGCGGUGCCGCGUCGCUCGCUGACAAUGCCCUCCAGAACAAUGGAAAAGGGAUUGAGAAGAACACCACGAUGCUCCUCUACGAUGGGAAGGGAGUGGGCGCUCCUGGAGGAGUGCGUGAGCCAGGGCUUCUCGACGAUGGCGCCGACGUCGUCGGAUAG